AUGCGGGUCUACAACUGGAUGCUCGAGGAGCGCCAGCCAGUCUGCCUCAUGCCUGUUGAGCCGGUCCGCGAUGCUGUCUACCUCAGCGACACCACGCUCCUCGUUGGGGGCCGCGGCAUGGCAGCUUUCUCUGUGCUCACCGGCGAUCUGAGUCACCACUUCCGCAUAGCGCACGAGGGCAAGAAGACGGCUCCGCUUUUUAACGCGAGGGCGCUGGCCUUUGACCAGCAAACAAACGUCUUUGCUAGCUGCAACAACUCGGGCAUAACUCAAGGAAUUGGCUACGGCAUCGGUGUUUGGGACUGCAUCACCGGCGAACAGACAAGCUCUUUCUUUGACCUGAAGUAUGUCGACGCUCUGACCGACGCCAGCAAGCUUCAGUGGCUGGCAAGCACCAACGCCCUCAUGGCUGUCAAGGCGUGCUCACCGAAAGAUGCUUUCUCGCCGUCUUCCAUCACUCUGGUGGAUUUCCGGGAUAUGAGUGUUGUGUGGUCAUGGUCUGCCGGCAGCCGGAGAUGGAACGAAAGGCGUGUUGCCGAUGCCGUCGUGAUGGAGGACGAGAGGUCGGUCCGCUUGAUCAGCCAGGACCAUGAUCUCGGGUUCCUCGACAUCCGUUCUCGGGGCUCUGUCCAGGAGCCGUGGACAUAUUGUAACACGACGACCCCGACGUGCUAUCCGAAGCUCGCCGUGCACGGCGGACUGCUCUUAGCGUCCAAGGAUGACAGCAUCUCGGUGUAUGGCGGCCCAAAUCAUGACCGCCUGAGGCUGGCGCUGCGUGGGAGCCAAGGCGGUGGCGCCAUUGCCGACUUCUCCGUUGGGGGCGACCGUCUCUUCGCGGUGCAUCAUGAGGACAACGUGCCGGAUGUGUGGGAGACACUGCCACCUCCCAUCGCCUAG